AAAAAUGAGUUUAAAAUGUUUAUCGGGCAUACAAUUUCUCCGAUUUUACUGAAAAUGUUGUAAUAUAAUAUUCUUUUAAACAUUGAAUGAAACAUCAUGAUGAAUCGCCUUUUAUUCAUGAAUACGUGUAGUGUUAAUUUAUUUAGGAACAGUAUUAUCAAAUCUACACCGAAAUUAUUGACUCCUGUGAAAUGUCCUUCCAACUUCUUUAUCCGAGGAGCUCACGACCAGAAGAAGAAUAUCAGAUCAACUUUAAACUAUGUAGUAGCCAUAGGUGUCAUGACUGUGGGCCUGAGUUACGCAGCUGUACCGCUAUACCGGAUAUUCUGCCAGGCCUACAGCUAUGGAGGAACAACAGGACUAGCUGAGCCGAAUGAUGUAGUAAGCACAAUGACUACAGUAAAGCAUCGGCCCAUCCGGGUGCGCUUCAAUGCCGAUGUAGCCUCGUCCAUGCAGUGGAACUUCAAGCCACAGCAGCCAGAUAUCACAGUUUUGCCUGGCGAAACAGCCCUCGCAUUCUACACAGCGCGUAACCCCACUGACAAGCCUGUGACUGGCAUCAGCACAUACAAUGUCAUCCCGUUUGAAGCCGGACAAUACUUCAACAAGAUUCAGUGCUUCUGCUUUGAAGAGCAGCAGCUCAACCCCCAUGAGCAGGUGGACAUGCCAGUCUUCUUCUACAUCGACCCCGAGUACACCCAGGACCCUCAAAUGGAGUAUGUAGACGAGAUUGUGCUCUCCUACACCUUCUUCGAGGCAAAAGAGGGCCUGAAGCUCCCCGUACCCGCGUAUGUCAAGCAAUAAUGACAUUAGACCUACUGUAAAUAAUAGUUUAGAAUGCAUUUGUUUUGCUUAAGACACUGUGGUUUGUUAAGUUUAUUUUUGAAUAUAAUAUAAUG